AUGUCACCGUCCCCCUCUCCCGAAUCGAAUGAUACUUUGUUUCCAGAUUCUCACAUUCCUCGCCCUUCUGAAGAUAUCGACAUGCAAUCUGUUCCCGAAAACACCACAUACAAUACUGCAGGAGGUGAUACCCCCUCUAGUUCUCCAGCCCCAUUUGUCCAGCGUCAAAUACAAUCAUUUCUUCAGCGAAGAGCUAUUGAGCGAGCUGAAAAUCCAGAUUUGGUUGAACCCCGAUCUGUCCGAGCAACAAAUACUACAGUUAAUUCUACCGAUCUAUCUGCUCCAUCUAGUUCUUCACAACGACGACAGCUUCGAAUUAACAAUGCGGUUCGUGCUAUGGCGCGUGACCUGGGCAUCCUAACACCUGAUGCUAUGGAUACUCACCUCCCCACCAUCGCUGAGGAAGCACGCGCAGUCGCAACCUCAGGACUCGAUUCAAGCAGCAGAGCUCGAGAAAUCAGACGAGCCCGAAGACACCGGCGUCCGGAAAAUCAAUCUCGUAGACAGGAUAUCACCAGAAGGAACCGACGUCCUCGAAGAAACGCCAUGGAUGCAGUAUCGGGUCGUCCAGUCUCGACUUCCCCUCUCUAUCAACCCUCUUUCGAGACAUUACUCUCAAGGUCAAACCGUACAAGUAAUGUAGAUGCUGAUGAUGAGGCGGUGGAUAUGGAUCCACCUCUACCGGAUCCCGCUAUGAGUCUGGAUACCUUUACAGCGAGGAGAAAUGUUCGUAGCCGUAGCGCUUUAUCUAAUGUAAUGUCUACAAGCGAUAUGGAAUAUGAAAACCAAGAAAUGUACAGUGUGAAUACCGAUCCGAGUUACAAUUCCGCAACACUUCCCGGUAAUAUGCAACCAAGAGGCUGUGAAAAUUCCGGAGAUCAGCGGGGGGGAAGUGCACUUCACACCUUCACAACACCCGGGAAUGCAGAUUCGCCUUCAGUUGCAUCUACAUGCACAUCUACAUCGCGGGGCACGACAGAACCACAAACCCGAUCGCAAGCAACCGGAACCGGGAACACGACGGUGAGUUCUCGCAAACCAUCUCAGAAUGCAACAGUGAGAUUGUGGGGAGCAAUGUAUCCAACUAACGACAGGAAGCAGCAGGAUCGCGAGAGAGUGAGAGAACAGGGCGUGGAUGACAUACCGAUUUCGAAAUUGUCGAUAGCGGGACCGUCGCAGAGAUGGAACGUCACUGAUGGGUAA